AUGGUUUCUCGCGGAUCAACAAGGAACGCCCGCAAUGGGGGAGGUAUCAAUGGCGUAGCCCAACCGACAGUUCAAGGACGGACACGAGCCCAAAGUCGAGGUCGUGGAAGUGUCCGAACCGCUAAUUUGAGUACGACCCCAACUGCGCCAGCUAGUUUGGCUAUCGGUAGGAGCCAAAGGGGCCAAGGAGGAGAAAUUCCUCUCACAAAGGAAGUGAUGGCUGAACAAAUAGCACAAGUCCUCUGGGAUACGUUGCCAAAUAUGCUUAAAGAAAUGUUGGGUGACAGACUUAAGGAUAAUGAAGGUGGGGAGGAAGGAWGCGUUCRACACGAGAACACUCAAGUCCCUGAAAGGGUGGAAGUGUCUGAUAAAGAGAAGGUGGAGUCGCUCAUCGAGAGAACUAAGUUGACUACAAAAGAGAGAGGAUGCAGUUUUAAAACAUUCAAAGGCACCGGGCCGAAGGAAUUUAAAGGAAUAGAGGGCCCAGUUGGCCUGAUGAACUGGGUAGCCAAGAUGCAGAGCUGCUUCAAAAUUUGUAGAUGCGCGGAAGAUCAAAGGGUGACUUAUGCUGCUACAACCUUUGUGGACUAUGCAUUGCAUUGGUGGGAGUCUGAGUGUGCAAUCAGAGGUGAUGAGGAUAUUGCUGCCAUGACUUGGGAACAAAUGAAAAAGACGAUGAUGGAUAAGUAUUGCUCGCAAACGGAGGUGAACAAGCUAGAAUCCGAAUUUCUGAGAUUAAAGCAAGGAUCGUUGUCAGUUCAAGAAUAUGUUAACGAGUUUCUUGAAAAAGCGAGGUUCGCCAGUUACCAGGUGGCUACCGAGGAGAGAAAGAUAGGUCGUUUCAAGGACGGCCUAAGAAUCGAAAUCAAAUGUUACGUGGACAUAACUAAGCCGAUCACAUUCGUACAAGCAGUGGAGAUGGCAAAGGUGGCAGAGGAGAACAAUGCUAGAGAGACUGGUGAUAGAAAAGAAGCAAAGAGAAGGGGAGAGUGCAGAGCGGGGAGCCUGACGUGCUAUAAAUGUGACAAACCGGGGCACACCACACGAGAGUGCCCGAAAGGAAGGACUUGUUACGAAUGUGGGGCUACAGGACAUUUGCGCCCUGACUGUCCAAAACGUCGCAAUGGUGCGACACCCCACGGGAAGACAGUGAAUAACGGAUUCGGGAAGAGAGCGGAAAAUAGGAAGGAGCUACCUAAGGGACACGGCCGAGCUUACAACAUGACUUUGGAGGAGGCCAGGGAAACACCCGACGUCGUAUCUGGUAUGUUCCCUAUCAACAAUGUGUAUGCACAUGUGUUAUUUGAUUCGGGUGUGAAUGGUAGUUUUGUGUCUACUACCUUCUGCCACUAUCUGAAUAGGAGUGCCUGUAGACUAGACAAAACCUACACUGUAGAAACAGCCGACGGUAGUCAGUGUAAGGUAGGCGAAGUAUUUGAUGAAUGCACGAUUGUUAUAGAUGGGAAGGAUUUCCCUGUUAGGCUUAUGCCAAUGUGCCUAGGAGGUUUUGACGUAGUCUUGGGGAUGGAUUGGCUGUCCAACAAUCAUGCGCAAAUACUAUGCAAUAAAACGAUGAUCAAUAUUCAAACUCUGGAAGGAGAAACGAUCCAGGUUUACGGUGAUCGAAAGAAGGGUUGCGUAGGGUUGAUCAAUGCAAUUAAGGCGAACAAGUGUCUGCGGAAUGGUUGUGUGGCUUAUUUGGCAUACACCAUCGAUGCCAAGCUCGAAAAGAAGGCCAUACAUGAUGUACCAGUGGUGAAGGAUUACCCAGAAGUAUUUCCGGAUGAAUUACCAGGAAUACCACCGGAACGUCAGGUAGAGUUCCGAAUCGAUUUGGUACCAGGUGCGGUACCAAUCGCAAGGGCACCUUAUCGCUUAUCCCCAACAGAGAUGCAAGAGCUAAUGAAGCAAUUGCAAGAACUUUUAGAUAAAGGGAUCGAUGACCUUUUCGAUCAGUUGCAAGGAGCCAGCUGUUUCUCAAAAAUCAAUUUGAGAUCAGGUUACCAUCAGUUGAAGCUUCGAGAAGAGGACGUGUCGAAGACCGCUUUUAGGACUCGAUACAGACAUUAUGAAUUUGUAGUAAUGCCGUUUGGGUUAACAAACGCACCUGCGGCAUUCAUGGACUUGAUGAAUCGAGUUUGUGGAUCGUAUUUGGAUCAAUUUGUCAUAGUCAUUAUAGAUGACAUUUUGAUCUAUUCGAAAAGUAAAGAGGAGCAUGAACAACAUUUAAGGAUGAUUCUUGAGUUAUUAGCAAAAGAACAAUUGUACGCCAAGUUCUCAAAAUGUGAAUUUUGGUUGCAUGAGGUACAAUUCCUCGGUCACGUAGUCAACGCGGAAGGAAUCAAGGUGGAUCCGGCUAAGAUUGAUGCAGUUAUAAACUGGGAAUCUCCAAGGUUCAUCCAAGAUUUCUCCAAGAUAGCAACGCCCUUGACAAUGCUGACAAAGAAGUCGGUUAAGUUUGAUUGGGGGACGAAACAAGAAGAAGCGUUCCAGACACUUAAGAAGAAACUAAGCACUGCACCGGUUUUAUCACUACCAGAAGGAGUAGAAGACUUUGUCGUUUACAGCGAUGCGUCAAAAAUGGGCUUAGGUUGUGUACUGAUGCAAUGGGGCAAGGUCAUUGCGUACGCAUCACGCCAGUUGAAAGAAAACGAGAGGAAAUACCCAACUCACGACAUGGAGCUAGCAGCUGUCGUCUUCGCACUAAAAAUAUGGAGACAUUAUUUGUACGGUAAGGCAAAUGUAGUUGCCGAUGCACUUAGUAGGAAGGAAAGAAACGGACCAAUCAGRGUUCARGYCAUGUGGAUGARUGUUAAGGUGGAACUUCUAGACCRAAUACRGGAUGUCCAGAAGGAAGCUUUACYCGAAACAAACAUCAAGAAGGAGAGGAUGAUUGGACAAAUCAAGACUUUGACAGCUGGACCAGAUGGAAUAUAUAGACAUGGGAGUCGGGUUUGGAUUCCUAGUUUGGGAGCCUAA